AUGGCGAAAAAGAUUAUCAUUGCCGUAGUUAUAGGUUUUGCCUCUAUCAAACUAUUUUCUUUUAUCCGUCGAAAAUCAAUUGCAUAUCGCCACCACAAAAGAGCCCAACAAAAGCGAUCUGAAAGAGACUCCAAAACAAUCACUCUCCCUGAAGUCGAAAAAUCCAAGCAAGAUUAUAUUCUUUCUCUUCACGCUUAUGAGCUUGCAGAUGCUAUAAAAUCCGGCAAAGUCACAGCAGUAGAAGCGACAUCCACUUAUAUUUACAGAGCUUACACCCUAGGCCGAAAAUUUGGACUCACAACUGAAGAGCCCUAUGAAGCGGCCUUAGAGCUUGCUUAUCAGCGUGACCAGCAGCUAAAAGAAAGCCCAGAGACAUGUGGAAUUCUCCAUGGGGUUCCUAUCAGUCUCAAAGAUAUUUUUUCUCAAAAAGGAUGCUGCAGUACCGCUGGACUUGCAUGCAAACUUAGCAAAAUGGACACUGAAGACUGCUAUUUAUUAGAAAUAUUAAAAGAAGAAGGAGCUAUUCCUUUUGCAAGAUCUAAUAUUCCUCAAGCUUUAAUGUGGAUGGAAACUGAUAAUGAUAUUUAUGGGAGAGCUGAUAACCCAUGAAAUCCUGAAUUUUCUACUGGAGGAAGCUCUGGAGGAGAAGGUGGGCUGCUGGCUUGUAGAGCGUCUCCACUUGGAAUUGGAAGCGAUAUUGGCGGCUCUAUUAGGAUCCCUUCAUCAUUUUGCGGGGUUUAUGGCUUUAAAACGACAGCUGGCCGAGUUUCUACUAAAAAUGUCAUGGUAUCUCACCCUUCUGGCGUAAACCCUUUCGCGUUUGUAGUAAAAAGUGUUUCAGGUCCUAUGGCAAGAUGUGUAAAAGAUAUGGAACUUGUGCUAAAAGCUUGGUGGCAAGAAAAAUAUUUCGCAAAAGAUUUUGCUUUGUGCCCAUUGGCAUUUAACGAAGAAAUGUAUACAAAUGCAUAUAAAAGCAAGAGCUUGAGAAUUGGGUAUUUCUUUGACUUACUCCCCCACUGUGAGUUAACGAAAUCAUUAGAAAAAUCCUAUUGUUUUAGAAAAAAUCCACCCUCCAUGAGCAACAAAUAAUUUUUUUAUAUAUAAUUAAUAAUUAAUAUUAUGAAAUUUUUAGUUAAUUCUGUUGAAUUUCUAUUUUAAAACAUAAAUUUUCAAAAAAAUAUUUAGUAUAAAUCAUUUGUGAACAAACAAAAUUUUUUGUUCUCUCUCAGGAGGGGAUUUAGACAACUUUGAAUGUUGCCCAGCGAUAAGAAGAGGGGUUAGAGAAUGCAGGGAUGCUCUUAAGAAAUUGGGACAUACCUUGGUAGAAUUUCAUUUUCCUAAUUCAAAAAAAGCUCUAAAUCUUUAUAUGAGAAAUGUUUCUGCAUGCAGCAAUCGGGUUCUAUUAGAUGCUAUGCAAGGAGAAGAGCCGGCAAAGUUUUAUAAGCCAGGGUUCUUCUUAGUAGAACACCCAUGGAUCAAGAAAAUUAUUAUGCAAAUUUUGCAGAUGACUAAUAACCAAAGACUCUACGAUUUAUUGAAUAUAAGCCAAAAUCUCACACCUGCUGAAUAUAUCGAACUUUUUAGAGAAAUCAACGACUAUGUUCAAGAAUUUACAAAUUAUUGGCAAUCUCUACAGCUAGACGUAGUAAUCAGUCCUGCUUAUGGAACAGUGGCUACUCCUCAUGCUGAAGGCUUUAAAGUUGCAUCUUCUUUGAUAUACAGCACUGUUUGGAAUAUAUUAGGAUAUCCUGCAGGAGUAAUACCAGUUGGAAUUGUAAAGGAAAAUGAAACUGAGUACAUAAGCAAGGUCAAUGAUUUAAUCACAAAAAAUGCUAAAGCAAUCACAAAGAAUUCGUCUGGAUUACCUAUUGGUGUACAUGUGGCAAGUUUGCCUUAUAGAGAUGAAGUAGCUCUUGGCGUUAUGAAGCAAAUUGAAGAUGAGAUUAAUUUCCAUCAAUUUGCAUUUUAA